UUAAUAUAAUCGAUUAUCGAUAGUCGGCUGUAAUGUCAAAAUAAAAAGUGUAAAUAAUCUGAAUUAAAUAAUACAAAUAUCCAGAAUAUAUAGUUUUACAACAUGUCCCACACGGAACACAAUGAGAUUAAAAUAAUGGCGAAAGCUAUUGUUUGUGAGGACUGUAGCUUGAUUGGUGACAUCACCAUUUCACCUGGAUGUGUAAUACACCCCAGUGCUACUAUAAUUGCUGAAGCUGGACCUAUUGUGUUAGGUGAAAACUGCAUAGUGGAAGAGUACUCCACAAUUGCAUUCCAUCUGCCGACAGAUAACAAAAUUGACCCAGCAGUUGAAGUGCGAACUUUAAACAUUGGAGCAAAUAAUGUUUUUGAAGUGGGUAGCAGAGUGGAAGCAUGUCACAUUGGAGAAAAGAAUGUGUUUGAGAGCAAGUGCUACGUGGGGCCUUGCGUCUUCGUUUCCAGCGGCUGCAUUAUUGGUGCUGGUGUGAGAUUAGUUUCGGAGCAGAAACUUCCUGAAAAUACUGUGAUUUACGGCCGAAAUUGCUUACAGAGAGAGGCAAUCGAUAAACAUGGGUCACAAACCCUCCAGAUUGAUUUUCUAAGAAAAGUACUACCUAACUAUCAUCAUCUUCGGAAACCAAAUUAUGAUCCGAAAAAAAUGCGCAUUGCUACUUAAUUAAAUUAUUUAUUUAAAUUUAUUAUAAACAAGCUUAUACACAUAAAUAAAAACCAAAUAUGUAUUAUA